AUGGUAGAUAACUCGAGCCGGAUGAGCUACCGUGCCGGAGAGGCGAAGGGUCAAACCCAGGAGAAGGUGAGCAAUAUGAUCGACAAGGCAAGCGAUGCAGCCCAAACAGCUAAAGAGUCGGUACAAGAGACGGGCCAACAAAUGAAGGCUAAGGCACAAGGAACUGCAGAUGCUAUUAAGGAUGCCGUGAACAAAUGA